CACCCAGCUGCACUGCCUGCCCUGCUCUAAUGCUCACAACAGAUAGUCUGGGGCCAGAGGUCAGCAGGCCAUGCAUAGACACACAAACGAGAGAGAUAACAGAUUCUCCUAGGAACUGAAGAGAUAGACAUUAGCUGUCCAAUGCCAAGCAGCCUCUGUCAUUGAGAGCUUGUGAUUCCUCCUCAAAAGGUUCCACUUUUUUUCAUUUCUUUUUGUUAAUCUAAGCUCUAUUGUCAAACAUGGGGUGCUCCUCAUCCAGUGCACAGACUAUUGAGCAGGAGAAAAGACCAGGUACAAAGCCAGAGGAGAGCAAUGGAGAGACAGCAGCACUCAGAAAUGGCCACAUUGCAGAAGACACACAAACCAUCGAGGACCAAAUGCAGCUUCCUUUGCAGACGGCCUUAUUAAAUGAUCUUCAGCCAGGAAACGACGAGGAGGAGGCAGUGUUAAUGGCCCUGGAGGCCCAGGAGGAUCUUGGGUCUGGAGAGGAUCUUCUAACUACUGCGGAACCACUGCCAGAACCUGAUGCCCAUGAGAAGCCAGCUCCAGAAGCUCCAGCUGCAGCUCCAUCUGUGGCUCCAGAGGCUCCAACAGAGGCACCAACAGAGGUUCUGACAGAGGGUCUAGUAACUCCAGCUGCAGCAGCAUCUGUGGCUAUAGAGGCUCCAGCAGAGGCACCAACAGAGUUUCCGGCAGAGGGUCUAGUGACUCCAGCUGCAGCAGCAUCUGUGGCUAUAGAGGCUCCAGCAGAGGCACCAAUAGAGGUUCCAGUAGAGGCUCUAGUGGCUCCAGCUGCAGCAGAAUCUGUGGCUAUAGAGGCUCCAGCAGAGGCACCAACAGAGGCUCUCGUGGCUCCAGCUGCAGCAGCAUCUGUGGGUACAGAGGCUCCAGCUGCAGCUCCAGCAGAAGUUCCAUCAGAGGUUUCAACAGAGACUCCAGCAGAGGAUCCAUUAAAGGUUGCAGCAGAAGUUCCAACAGAGGUUCCAACAGAGACUCCAACUGCAGCAGAAGUUCCAACAGAGAGUCCAGCUGAAGCUCCAGCGGAAGCUCCAUUAGAGAUUCCAAGAGAGGCUCAAUCAGAGGUUCCAACAGAGAGUCCAGCUGAAGCUCCAGCAGAGGCUCCAUUAGAGGUUCCAACAGAGGCUCCAGUUGCAUCUAAUAUCACUGUUGGAGCAGUUGAGGUUGUACCUACUGUGGAGACAGCAGCCCAUGUAGAACCUGUUGUGGCUGAAGCCGUGUCUUCAGACAAAGCCCUUGUUGAGGCUGCAGAGGAGGCCCCCAUUGUUGAAUCUGUUGUUGCAGAGCAGGUACAGGCUCCUGUUGUUGAGGAAGUUCCUGUUGUGACACUUGAGGCCUCUCCUGAAGCAGCCACACUUGCUGUUGAACCUGUUGUAUCAGAGCCAGUUGUGGUAGUGGAAGAGGCAGUGACUGUGACUACAGAAGCCUCAACAGAAGUGGCUGCUCCUGUGGAGACAGUGUCUCCACCUGACAGUGUGGCACCAGAGACUGCCUCAGUGACACCAACAGGAUCCUCAGAGCCAGGCGAAAUCCCCGCACCUCCAUCAAGUGAGGCUGCAACACCACCUGAAGCUGUAGUACCAAAUGAAAAUCCAGCACCAAGCUCAUCUUUUGCACCUGUGGAGGCUGCUGUGCCUAUAAUAGAUACAGAGGUUGCUGAAGCAACUAUUCCAGCAAUGCCUGCAAUAUCUCCACUCACAGCUCAGCCUGAUUACGCUGAAAACGCCACAGAACCUCCUGCACCUUCUACUGCUGAACCAACCCCAACACCAGACACUCCAUCAUCCUCACAAACACCUUUAGAAGCAUCUCCAGCAGUUGUGCCAUCUGAGACCAUAGUGGGCAGUGCAGACCCAGCACAAGAACCUGUGGUUGAGCCCAAACCAGCAGAUUCUGAACCGUCACCCAAAGUGGAGACUGUAACAGAAGCCCCCGAGGAUACAGCGAACAAGAAAACUAAAGCGGACUGAGUUUGUGGAAACAUAACACAACAAAUCUACCAAAAAUGAUGGGAACUCCUCAGAACUACAACACAAAUGCCAGGUGUACUGUAAGAACAAUAUGAACAACACUAUUCAUGUACAAUAUGCCUUAAUAACUUUAAAAUUUGGAUUAUUUUUCCUUAUGUUUGUCAAAAAAAAAUAAUUUUCAUACUGAGACCUGAAGUGCCUAAAGCCACAGGCCUUUUGAAAGUAUUAGUACAUGCCACAAACAAUUAGCACAAGUACAAUGAGAUGAGACAGGUGCAAUACUGUGUGAAGUCUGUUAUGUUAGUGUGCUGACGUCUGGGGAAUGACGCUUACAAAAAAAGUGUGAAUAAAAUAAGGCAAAGAGAUUAACGUAACAUAAAAAAAAAGACAUUUAAUAUUUUCUUUAACAUGUAUAACCAUGAAUCCAUUUUGAUUUGUGUUCACUUGGUUGUUGCUUUACUAAUAAUGUUUGUUUAACAGUCUAUGCUUUCUUAAAUAAGCCCUUUUGAUAUUUCACUGAGAAAUUAUGGAUAAAAUGAUGUCGGGUGAAAGAAAAAUCAAAAUACAGACUGGAUUAAUAAGAAAAUCAAAGCCAGGAUGAGGAUCCAAGUGUACUGAUGAUGCACUGGCUGUUUCAUGAUGUCAUUUUUUGCUGCUGUAUCUGAAAUAUGAAGUCAUUCCCAACAUCAUGUACAGUAAAGGCAUCACUAAGCCCGGUUAUGCUUAUAAUACCGCACUGGUUUUGUGUUUUGCAUUAAAAUAUGUCUAGCACAGUGAGAUGAUGUGUCACAAAGAGUCAAGGAAAAAUUAUUUUAAUUGCAUAAUAUCAAUGAAAACAAAAAUUGUUUUCAUGUUUUGAUGUCUGACAUCUUUGUGUUCCUUCCUCAUUUUCUAAGCUUUGUUUGUGACUUUGCUAACCCGUUAGUGUACAGAAUAAAGUUUUACAUCACCGAUA